AUGGGAAUCAACUGUGUAAAGCAAGCCAUUUGGGCACUCCUUACCCCACAUUCUGAGGCAGUGGUGUCUAAGAAAGACCUUUAAAACCCGUAAUUCUUAGGGUAGGGUGGCUAAUACGAGCCCCUUCCCACUUGAGUUGGCCCAACUAUUGAAAUCUUAGUUUUUUUUCUUAUCAAACACAAAUAAUAAAAAUGUAGCAGGGUGUUACAGGUUUAAAAUAUUAACAAUGAACAUUUUGAUAAUAUAUAGCAGAAAACACCAACUUUAUCACUUCCUAAUCAAAUUUGCAGCAUAAAAAUAACACAUGUUGCAAUUACUCUAUUACUCUAUUUUCAUUUCAAUGCAAAAUAAAUCUAUAACGCAUAGGUGGCUGUGAAAAAUAAAAGCCAUGACAAUUUUUUUUAUUCAUUACAGCUGUCAGAAUACGUUGAAAAUAGUUUUGGGCAGUAAAGGUUUUCAAAAUGGGUAGAGGAAAGGUUAUUAGUGAGAAAAUUCGGUUACUGAUAAUUAAUUUUUUUAAUUCUGGGAAAUCAAACUCAGAAAUUGCAACUAUGUUAGACUUAGAUAUAACGUAACUGGUUCAGUUAAUAUUAAGCCAGGAUAUGUGAAAAAAAGUAAUAUCACAAAUGCAGACCGAAGAGCAUUAAGAAGAAUAAUCGUGAAAAACAGGCGUGCCAAUUAUUUACAAUUAAGUGCUCUGUGGAUUGAUGCUGUUGGAAGGAGAAUUUCAAGGUCCACAACUCAUAGAGAGGCCCGCAAACUGGGAUUUAGCACUUGCAAGGUAAGUUUUCUUAUAAGAAAGCGAAGUAAAAACAACAAAGUUGCACAACUUGUUUAUAGGCCAAAGAAAAGCCACUAUUAACUCCAUUGCAAAAGAAAAAUCGGCUUAGAUGGGUUAAAGAACAUAGACAAAGGACACCUCAACAAUGGUGUGCAAUACAAUGGAGUGAUGAGGCCCGAUUCGAAGUUUGUGUUGGUGACAGUCGCAGUAGAGUUAUUCGCAAAAAAGAUGAAGCAUUCCAUGUUGACUGCCUGAAGAGAAAAGUGAAAUUUCCAGCAUCCAUUAUGGUCUGGGGCAGUAUGUCCUCAAAAGGAGUAGGAAAACUUCAUUUUAUUGAUGGAGAUGUGGAUACAAACAAAUAUUUUGCAACUUUAGAGGAAUCGCUUUUACCAGUGAUAGAAGAAUGUUUGACAUCCGGCCAAGAUUUUGUGUUUCAGCAAGAUGGUGCAGCGUGCCAUACCUCAAAAAAGGCUAUAAAAUGGAUGGAAGAAAGUAAUGUACCACUUUUGAAAUGGGUUUCUAGCAGUCCAGAUCUGUCACCUUUUGAAACUUUGUGGCACGAGAUGAAAAAGGUUCUACGACAACAUCCUUCUCGUACAAUCACCGAACUGAGACAAAAGCUUCAAGAAAUAAGGGAUUGUUUUACACCAAAUUUUUGCCAAAACUUGAUGAAAAAGGUUCUACGACAACAUCCUGCUCAUACAAUCACCGAACUGAGACAAAAGCUUCAAGAAAUAUGGGAUUGUUUUACACCAAUUUUUUUCCAAAACUUGAUGAAUUUGAUACAUCCGAUUCACGUGUCAUAUCGAUGCCCUCAUUAUAAUUUAGAUCAAUUUCACUUUCA